UCGUUGUAAAUGCACUCGGAAACUUUGCUGAUAGAUGGGUAUGUGUACACCCUGACAUUGGGAUUCGCUCUUCUCUCCGAAAUCGCGAACAUGGCGACAACCUGAUGAUUAAUGCACAGUGGAAUUCAGCGACUUCUCGCCCAGAAUUUCAAAAAUUUUUUUGCAUAAUUACCGGAUGUCCCGCCAAACAACAAGCACCCUCCCCCCUCUCCUUACUGUCGAAUUUCUGCACUCGUUCUUCCUUUGUAUUCAAAUUGAUAAAUAAUAUGUGAAGGCCCGAAGCCAUUGCAAUUGUCUCCUUUCCCACAAAUGCAAUCCUCCUUAUAUCUCCCAAUUUUAUCCACCUGAAAAUUAAAUAAAAAAUGAAGAGUUACUGAGACCUGAAUAAUAAACUGAAAAACGACCAGUUUAACAACUAUUUUAUUACUUAGUUUCGGUGUUCGGCAUUCUGUUUGUGCAGCGAAUAUCUGAGGUAAAUACAUUUCUAAUAUCAACACAAGCAGUCGCAUGGAAACGCAAACAAUAUCGAUUUUAUUAAAACUACCCGCACAUUGUAGUCCUGCCUGAGGUUUUUGUUACCAUUUUCAUGAAAUAACAAUUGGAAAAAAAUCACUGAGACCCGUUUACAGGUCAAGGCGCAGUAGCAUCGAUAUUUAAAUAGAUAUUUUAAUGCAACUGUUAAAGUGAAAAUUCCUCACAAGAUCAUUUCACAAAAAAUGGGACUUCCGUCUGAAGCUUCCGUUCCCAUUUCCAUGCAAUAAUAAUCGAUCAAAAAUUCACUGGGACCUGUUUACGCAUCAAGCAACAUUGGUAUUGAUAAUUCAAUAGAUAAGUCGAUGGAAAGUGACAGUUGGCAAUAAUAAAAAGAAAAAUCCAUCAUUUCUAUUCGUGCAAUUGCAGAGCAAAUUGUCAAAUUAUCUAAGGUUUUAGAAAUUGCGAUUUUUCAGGUUUCUUCAUAUUUGGGUGAUGGGAAUAAUAGCACAAAGAGGUUUGUGGAAUUAAGCAAAGAACAUUAUUGAUGAUGGUAAGUGGGUCAUUGGAUCAAACACAUCGUAGGUGGAUGGGACCGUUAUCGCAAGCACUCGUAGUACAUAAUAAUGUGACUGCGCCUUAAAUGUCUUUGAUUUAUUCACCACUUUCGCAUCCGGAAUUUGACAAUUACUCAAUUGAGUAAUUUUACAAAAAAAUGGAAAAAUAGAUAAAAUAACACAGAUGUAUUUUCCGAGAGCAACUAAUCAUCCCUUUAAUAAAUUAAUCCUCUAAAUAAACAAGGAAUAGCAACAACAAACAUUUACAACGAUGAAACAGAAAAUUCGAUAAAUGCAAUUCAGAAAGUUGAGCUGUUCAUUUAGUUUUUUGAUUUUUCAUUUGCGGUGAUCAUGAUAUUUCGAUCAUAAAUAACAUAUGGGGCACUAACCCAGUAAAUCCACGGCGUUAGCCCCUCCAAGGCUACCAGUAUAUAUACCUGACGAACGAAACGAAUUUUUUAUUUCUCAUUCGUAUAUCGACGAGUGGUGACGAGUCUAUAUCACUUCCUAAUGAAUCCCCACUUUUUUUAAGCCAGUGCUGUGAAUUAUUUAUACAAUCAGUGGAUUAUCAGUGACCUAACGGACAAAACAACUAAAUCUCACGGGUAUCCCAGAAGCCCUAAACAAUGCCAGACCGAUCUGGAUCUCUGAUAGCGCCAGCACUGGUUCUAUUCAUUGGGAUGAGUGUAGCUGGUUCAAUAGAGACUUCGACACUCCCAUCAGACCACAACAGCCGGGGUUCAACAGCCCCAGGACUCGAGGCAAGAUCCGAGGACGUGGAAUUAUCUAAAAUAUCAGGAACUACGACUGAAAUUCCAAAGGUGUAUCCAGUGUAUCCAGAAUACAGGGUAAAUACGGAGAAACCUCUGAAGCUGAUGAAGGUAUCGUCCAAGGACAGCUAUCUAGACGCUCUGGAGCACUCGCACACCAAGAAGCAUCAGGUGGUGCGACUGGAGAAGCCGAAGGGAGUGAAACUCAUCAGAAGGAAUUACGAAGGGCCGAUAUAUCGACCUUCUGGCGAGUAUGGCGCCCCAAAUGGCUUCUCCCCUCCUGUAAAAACUCCCAGAAUAUCCUAUGGAGCCCCCACUGCCGAGCCCUUUGCCCCUACCCUGAGCUCUUCGUAUUCACUUCCGGUCCAGAGUGUGAAAUUUGGGGAACAAAAUGCUUAUGGGACUGGGCUGCAGUCUCAAGGACAGUAUGGAGGUCCCAGUGGGAGUUAUGGAGCUCCUUCAGGGAGCUAUGGACCUCCUGCGGGGAGCUAUGGACCUCCUGCGGGGAGUUAUGGAACUCCUCAAUAUGGACUUCCGGUACAGAGCCAGCAAGGUGAGGCGCGAGGCUGGAGUGGUUACGCACUUCCGGAAUUGCCCCAACUCCCGACACUCCCCAGUAUCAACUUAGCCUGGCCCCUCGCCAUCAAAUUGAACGCCUUCACAAUCGCCAAAAUCAUUCUCAAACUAGUAAUUUUCAAAUUAAUCGUGAAAUUCAUAGCAAUAAUCUGCCUUCUCCUGUUCAUACCGAAACUAGAGAUGAAGAGCGAUAAGGAUGACAUGGAUGAUGAUGAGGGACGUAGACUUGUUACGUAUGAUUCACACAUGGAGCGGAUGAAUUUACUCACUGCUGCGGUGCAUGAAGCCAUUGAGAAACAUGUAAAUGCUAAUGGAGGUGGUCAGCAGUCUGAUGAAGAAUGCACGAGUGUCACUUGCAGGAUGAGGAGACUUUUAAGGGCCGAGGAAUCUUGGAGUGAUUAUGCUAAACUUUUUAAUAGUUAUGCUGCUGAAGAGAGCAAGGAAAUUGAAACCAAUGAUGUAGAUACGUAGCUUUAAGUAUGUGGGGAAUUUAAUUUUUAAGUUGUGUAAUCAUGUGUCAAAUUAUUCAUCUAUUUAUUUGUUCAUUUAUUUAUAUCAUGAGACUUUGUAAUGUUUUAUUUAUUAAAAAGCUAACUGAGAAAA